AUGUCCAAACCUCCACUUACAUUAGAACUACCCUGGGUGGAAAAAUAUCGUCCCAAGCAGCUGAGCGAUACCGUUGGUAAUGAAGAGACUAUCCACAGAUUACAACAAAUCGCUAAGGAUGGUAAUAUGCCACAUCUGAUCAUAUCAGGAUUACCGGGUAUUGGUAAAACAACAUCUAUCCAUUGUUUAGCACAUGAACUAUUAGGCGAUUCAUAUUCUCAGGGAGUGCUAGAGUUAAAUGCAUCCGACGAUAGAGGUAUCGAUGUCGUGAGAAACCAAAUCAAGCAAUUCGCCCAAAAGAAAUGCCAUUUGGAACCUGGCAAGCAUAAAAUUAUCAUAUUGGAUGAAGCAGAUUCUAUGACGGCAGGUGCUCAACAGGCACUUAGAAGAACAAUGGAAUUGUAUUCCAAUACUACGAGGUUUGCAUUCGCAUGUAAUCAAUCCAAUAAAAUUAUCGAACCAUUACAGAGUAGAUGCGCUAUUUUACGUUAUUCCAAAUUAUCUGAUGAACAAGUUUUAAAGAGGUUGCUAGAGAUUAUCAAGGCCGAAAAUGUUCAAUAUACAAAUGAUGGAUUAGAAGCUCUUAUUUUUACAGCAGAGGGUGAUAUGAGACAAGCAGUUAACAAUUUACAAAGUACCGUGGCAGGUCAUAGUCUAGUAAGUGGUGAGAAUGUGUUUAAAAUUGUCGAUUCGCCUCACCCGUUAGUGGUAAAGAAAAUGCUACUGGCACCUACACUUGACGAAUCCAUCGCUCUAUUCAAGAAUGAACUUUGGGACAAGGGUUAUUCUUCUGUGGAUAUCGUUACCACUUGUUUCCGUGUUACGAAGACUUUAUACCAAUUGAAAGAGGCUAAAAGAUUAGAAAUGAUCAAAGAAAUCGGUAUAGCUCACAUGAGAAUUCUUGAAGGUGUAGGCACUUAUUUACAACUUGCAUGCCUACUGGCCAAAAUCCAUCAACUAAAAUAG